UGUUAUAAUUCCCGACGUCUGAUUUUUGUCCAUUUAUUGUUUUACGUAGAGACUGUCCGGUUUGGCCAAUGAACAUGGCAGAGGGGCAUUGCUGGCACAUGAUGGCAUAUAUCACAUUAGCUGCUACUCUGAAACCUAUUCACAGAAAGUUAUUUCUUCCGUCCCUCUAACUCCCUAAACACACACACCAUACACAUAUUUACAUUAUAUGUUCAAACACCAGGCUACUUAUCAGACCUCACUUGCAAAACUGCCACCAUGAAGAUAUACCAGCCCAGGCACAUGAUCCACUCGGCUUCCCCUAACGACAAUGGAAAUACUAACGAGAUCCCAUCGCCCACGUAGAAGAAUGAAAGAGGGAUCAGGCCCGUGGCUGAGCGGAAUGCUGCCAGGCUGGGCUACACACACACACCACGCCACCGGCCUAACGGGCCAGGGUCCCUCAGCCAGCUCCGCAGAGCGGCAUCUCAGGGGGACCGGCGCGUCCGAGGUCUGGGCGAGCCGGGGAACAGGGUGUCUCACGGGGCUGGUCAGCGGAGGACUCAGGGGCUCUGCUGUUGCCAAAAUAAUAGGCAAUAAUGUAAAAAAUAUGCAAAAGUUUGCUUCCACAGUGAAAAUGUGGGUCUUUGAGGAAAAUAUUAAUGGGAGAAAACUGACAGAUAUCAUAAAUAAUGAACAUGAAAAUGUAAAAUAUCUCCCUGGAUACAAGCUGCCAGAAAAUGUGGUUGCCGUUCCAAAUCUUAACGAAGCUGUGCAAGAUGCAGACUUGUUGGUCUUUGUCAUUCCUCACCAGUUUAUUCAUAAGAUCUGCGAUGAGAUCACAGGACGGGUACCAAAGAAAGCUGUUGGGAUAACGCUCAUUAAGGGAAUAGAUGAAGGCCCAGAGGGACUCAAGCUGAUUUCUGACAUUAUUCGAGAGAAAAUGGGAAUAGACAUCAGUGUGCUGAUGGGAGCUAACAUUGCCAAUGAGGUAGCAGCAGAGAAGUUCUGUGAAACCACAAUAGGCAGUAAAAUCCUGGAGAAUGGCCUUCUUUUCAAAGAACUCCUGCAGACGCCAAACUUCCGAAUAACUGUAGUAGAUGAUGCAGAUACUGUUGAGCUUUGUGGUGCUCUUAAGAACAUUGUGGCAGUGGGAGCCGGGUUUUGUGAUGGCCUUCGCUGUGGUGAUAAUACCAAAGCUGCUGUUAUUCGACUUGGCCUAAUGGAGAUGAUUGCUUUUGCAAAAAUCUUUUGCAAGGGACAGGUGUCUGUUGCCACUUUCCUGGAGAGUUGUGGAGUUGCUGAUCUGAUCACAACGUGUUAUGGUGGCCGCAAUCGGAGGGUGGCUGAAGCAUUUGUUAAAACUGGGAAGUCCAUUGAAGAACUGGAGCAAGAAAUGCUAAAUGGCCAGAAAUUGCAGGGACCACAGACUUCGGCAGAAGUAUAUCGUAUCCUGAAGCAGAAAGGAAUGGUGGAUAAGUUUCCACUGUUCACUGCUGUAUAUCAAAUCUGCUAUGAAGGGAAACCUGUUCAAGAAAUGAUAUCCUGCCUUCAGAGUCAUCCAGAGCAUAUGUAAAAUGAAUUGUGCAAUUAUACUAAUGCAGCUUCCGCCUUUCAAAUUCAUAUUUGGGUUCAAGUGGAUGUAAGCAUAAGCUUCAUAAGAAGCUGCACAUUAGGCAACCAUGUGAAUGUAUAUGAAUUUCUGUAGUUUUUUGGACACAAUUUAACAUUGUAAUGUACUGUCAUCUUGGUGUCUAUCAUUUUACUGGCUAAAAAGCAGGUGUUUUAAGAUAUACAAUGCAAAACUUGCACUAUAUAUAUAUAGUAUGCAUAAAAAUAUGGAUGCAUCUAUUGUAUUUCUACAGUACAAGAUACAAACAACAUUUAGUAAUCUUUCAUUCUGAAAUUCCUCUCUCAUUAAAGACCCAAUCCAGUGCACACUAGAGUCAAUGGAAAGAAUCCCAUUGGCUUCAAUGGGAAUUGGUUUGGGCCCUGAUAGCCCCAGUAGUGUAAGCUAUGUCUACUAAACUUGAUUUUAUUCUGUAAUACACAUCAAGACUUUUUACAUGUUUGCAUGCUUUUUGGAGAUAGUCAUUUUAAGCAAUAUUAAUGAAAAGCUAGUUGUAGCAGUUAUUCAAGGAGGGAGCAGUGGAAUAGCAUUUUAACUAACUGCGUUUAACAGUAUCAUAUGAUUUUUAGACAGUCUCAAAAUAUCAGACUAGUUUAAAUCAAUUUUUAAAGGGUAUUUAAUCUUUUAAGUGUAACAUAUUUUAAAAGGGUACAUUACCUCCCCCUCAAUUUUUAUCCCUUUCUGCUUUUAUUUUUGUAUUUCUGCAUUUCUAUCUUUCUCUUGCUGUUUCCAGGUAUUAAGCUGUUCUAGAAUUCUAUUAGGAAGGACAAGCAGAAGGAUUUUACCAGCACAGACUCUAGUAUAGGGGCCCUGAGGUUCAUUCAUGUGCUGUGUGAUUCCAUUUAUUUUAUUUUAGGCCCAUUCUUGUGCUAGCCGCUGCCCAAAACUGUCACGCUCUUCUAGCUUAACCUUCAGCUGCAUACCACACAUGGAGGGAUUUCCCAGUACUUCAAGUUUGUGUUGUCUGUUGUCAAAUGAACUGUGCUCCUUUAUGCUAACUGCAUCCAUUUCAGUGCCUGCCAGUGACUGAUGUGUCAACUGUUCUCUAUUGACUUGAUCCAACUUCUACUGAAGUAAAUGAAAAAGUUCCCAUUAUUUAAUUUGAAAGACUCUUGUGGGGAUUGGAUCAAGCCUUUUCUGACCAAUCUGUCUGAAAGCUUCUCAGAGGCCAGGCUGCCUCUCUCUGUUCCCUUUAAGGAAGGAGGGACUGGAAAGGUUAUGGGGGAGGUCAAUUUGAAUGCUUCUGUUGCACAACUGUUGGGGUACUGCUGGAAUAUCCUUUGUAGGAACAUUUUGAGGAAAGGUGGGGGGAUGGAUGGAUCUUUCUGGCCCAUGAGUUUAUUUUGUUUAAAAGAAAAAAUGAAAUCUAGCCUUAAGGAUCAGGCGUAUGGCUAGGCAUGUGAAGGGACAACCCAUAGUUGAGAUCAGAGGAAUAAGGUUUGUCUAGAGACUAAUAGAAGCCAGCACUGAGCUAAUAAGAGAAGUAUCUUGCUGUUUGGAAUACAGACUCCUAAUCCCUGAGCAAGAUAUGGAUUGAUCACUACUUGCUGUUACCAGCGGUGUUGUUUACAGGCCAAGAGCUUUGAGCAUGAAAUCUUUAUGAAGCUUUAAGAUGUCAAGGUAUAGGCUUAGGAGUAUCAGUCACCCUUGCUUAAAGUGCAUUAUAUAGCUUUGGAUAUUUUUUACUCUGAAAUAAGAAAGAGCAGUAAGGCACCUUCAUGUAAACAAAAAAAUAUUUCCGAACAGGGGCUGGCAUUUUGCAUAUGCCAAACCAACCAUUAUGUUUUAAAUUAUUUUUAGAAGAUCAUGUGAAUGUCUACAGAUAUGCAGGGCUACAAAAGAUCAUUUUAUUGGGGAUGUUUUGCCUUAUUUUUCUGAACAUGGUGCUGAAUAAUGGAAAAGGUUGGGGUUAGUUUGAAAUGUAUGGGGCAGUGGGAUUUUGAGAAUUAAAAUCUCUGAUAGAACUGAUCUGUGAGAAAUUUGUGCUCAGCCCAUUUAAAGAACAUUUUAGUAGUUGGAAACAUUGAUAUAUUAACGCACAUAUGAAACAUACACUCCCCAUUAUAGCAUAACUCGCAGUGGGUUUGCUUAUGUUAAAUUAUAUUUUUAAAAAAUCCACCAAAUUGGGUGGAUUUGACUUUGUAUUUUAUUUUUACAUAUAGUAUGUAGAAUAAUACAAUUUUGUAAGAUACAUAAAGGGCUAUAUAAGCUAAAAGUGGUGAAUUAUAUGUACUGUAGGAUGGGGUAUUUUUUUUUUUUUUGUUUGUUCUCAUGCUCUUUCCUCCACUUAAGGAGUUGAGCAUUUUUAGAUCUCGUUUUUUAUGUAAACCCAGUCAGUGACAGAGCCAGAGGGAGGUUUGUUUAUUGAAUCAUUUUCUCAAAUCUACAAUCCACUCACUUCCCCAAUAAAAUGCAAAACUUCUAUAA